AUUGGAUCAAUUUUGAUGGCGUGGAGGCUAUAAGAGCUAAAGUUUCUUAGGCAAAGGAGAAAGAGCUGCUUGGUUGCAAUGUGUUCCAGCUCUCUAAUGACGACAAAUGGGAGCUUUCUUCAGCUGCUCAACAGGAAAAUACUGAAGGCCGGCAGGACAAGCCGCAUUCACUGAUAAUAAUUCUUGUUACAAUAGCUGUACUUAUGCUGCUUCUUGGUACCAUAAUUUGCGGUUGGAAAAAAGCAGUACUGAAAUCAACAGGGAUUAUGAGUACUAUGAAGAGUUCAAUAUCUAAACUGAAAAUCAAAGUAACAGGUAUCGAAAAUCUCAACAAUGAUGCAAGUAAGCUACAAGUAUUCAGUUUUACAACCAUUAAAGCAGCUACAAAUAACUUUUCGAAUGAUAAUAAGCUCGGCGAGGGUGGAUAUGGACCUGUGUACAAGGGGAGGCUACUGAAGGGACAAGAAAUAGCAGUGAAGAGGCUUUCAGAAACUUCUCAUCAAGGACUUGAAGAGUUCAAGAAUGAAGUUGAGCUUACUGCAAGGCUUCAGCAUGUAAAUCUUGUACCAGUCUUGGGAAUUUGCACACAGAAGGAAGAAAAGAUGCUGAUUUAUGAAUACAUGCCGAACAAAAGCUUAGAUUUCCACAUCUUUGAUUCUGAUAAACGGUAUAUUUUAGACUGGCAAAAACGUGUUCGGAUCAUUGAAGGUAUUAUCCAAGGGCUUUUAUAUCUGCAAGAAUACUCAAAUUUUACAAUAAUUCAUAGAGACUUAAAGGCUAACAACAUUUUGUUGGAUAGCGAAAUGAAUUCUAAAAUAUCAGAUUUUGGCAUGGCUCGAGCUUUCAAAAAAGAUGAAUGCAAAGCUAACACUGACCGCAUAGUUGGAACAUAUGGCUAUGUUCCUCCAGAAUAUGUAAGAAAAGGUAUAUACUCCAUGAAGUACGAUGUUUAUAGCUAUGGAGUUCUUCUCCUGCAGAUCAUAUGUGGCAAGAAGACAGCAUGCUAUUAUGGCUCCAGUGAAAAUCUAAGCCUUUUGGAAUAUGGGUAUGGAUUGUGGAGAGAAGGUGAAAGCAUGAAGUUUUUUUAUUCAUCACUGGAUGAUUCUUCUUCUCCAUUGAAACUAGAGAGAUGCAUGCAGGUAGCUUUACUGUGUGUUCAGGAAAUCCCUACAGAUAGACCAACCAUGCUCAGAGUUUAUAACAUGCUCAAAGGUGAAAGUGCAGACAUCCCUUCUCCAAAGAAGCCUACUUUUUCAGUUAAAAGAGAUGAAUAUUAGAAUAAUAAUUGCAUCUUCAAGGAGAAAAUAUUUUCAUUCAGUGAUACAACAAUAACUCAACCAGAACCACGAUGAGUCGAGGACUAAUCUUGAAAGAUAUUCAAGUAAUUGUAGAUUUCUUACUAGGUAUGGCACUCCAGCCUGUAAACCUAAUGCCAAAACUUUAGUUUAGUUUUGGCAUUUCUCUCAACAAUAUCUAAUAUGCACACAAUUGUCCUGAAGUUUAGGAGGAUAUGUCACUCUACCUCCCUUAUGUGCUAAUUAGUAAUUAUUUUGUAUGUUCUUAGGAUGGAUAUCUGAUUCAUGGAAUAUACAAUUGAUGUGAUUAUCAAA